AUGGCUGGGGCUGUGGCAGGCAUAGUAGGCCAGUCCAAAAGUAAGUUGACUAGUUAUGGCCAGCAAUUGUCACAAGCUUUUGAUGGUAAAAAGAAUGACUACAGCCAGAAUGGGGAUGGUAUCAUAGAUGGUGCUCAUGUGGCCAGAGAGGACGGUCUCUACGUGCACGUUAAUCCUGUUUUAAAGGUAUGUUAUUCACGUAAAGUAGGCUUUGUGAUUGUUUUUAUAUUCUUUUCUGUUUACCUUAUCAGUUGAUUAUAUCAUCUUAUAGACAUUGCUAUGUAACACAAUAUGUUUAACAAUAAGAAUCACAACAAAUAGUAGAGUAACACUAUCACCAAUGUAAUACCAUCCUAUAGUAGUGUAAUAUGUUGUGUUCAGGCCUUUGACAACGUGCAAUGGAUAAACAAAUUCAAACGCCGCUGGCAGCUAGCCAUCAUGGCUAAUCUAGGCUUUAUGAUAGUAUUCGGAAUUAGGUGCAAUUUCGGCGCGGCCAAGAAUUACAUGGCCAGGGAUUACGUGGACCCUUGGGGAGUAAAACAUGUAAGCACAGGCGGAUAAUAACAAAUACAUGUUCAGUUUAGCACCACCAAUUCAACUGGACUCGAGGAGAGUUGGGCGUGAUGGAGAGUUCCUUCUUCUACGGUUAUCUAAUCACUCAAGUGCCUGCCGGCUUCCUCGCUGCCAAGUUCCCCGCCAAUAAGUAAGAGCUUUACGGUAAAACAUAACCUAUAUGUAAGAUCUAUCCAAAUCACAAUUUAGAGCCAAUAACAACAUAAGUACAACAAUGAAUUGCAGAAUGUUUGGCAUCGCCAUCGGAGGAGCCUCCAUCCUCAAUAUUCUUCUUCCCAUGGCCUUUAAAAGCAGAAACGAUGUUCUUGUAGCCGUGAUCCAGAUUAUGCAAGGCCUGAUCCAGGGAAUGGGCUACCCUUCAAUGCACGGCGUCUGGCGACAUUGGGCUCCACCGUUAGAACGGUCGAAGCUGGCUACAACAGCCUUCGCUGGAUCGUACGCGGGAGCUGUUUUAGGAUUGCCGGUAUCAGCAUGGUUAGUAUCGUAUGUUGGGUGGUCUACUCCGUUUUACGUUUACGGUGGGUUUUAUGUCUUCUGUUUAUUUUGGUUAGUAAUAUAGAUGAAAGGCUUCUCCCAUGUUUGUGAUAUUCGUACUAUACUACAAUGUUAUACAUAAGUGCACUUACUUUACAAACAGACUUUAAAUGCCAACGUAACGCGACAGUACUAUGAAAUGCUCUUUAAGGUUUUGCCGGUAUUAUCUGGUCGAUUUUGUGGUUUUCGGUAACUUUCGAGAAGCCGGCCUACCAUCCAACGAUAUCGGCCGAAGAAAAGAAUCUGAUAGAAGAACAGAUUGGACACGUCUCCCACACACCCCCUGCCGUAAGUAAACCUUACUCAACAAUUGCAGUAAUUCUACUCAAGUACCUUUAAAGCCCCUGAUACCUAUUUAUCUUACUCAGUGCUUUUACUACCUCCAAAUGUAAAGGUAGACUGUAACGAUAGUACCUUUUGUUUAUUGUUUUUACCUUAAUACAGAGUAAUUAUUCCAGUUGAAUACGAUCCCAUGGAAGGCCAUUUUGACGUCACGACCCGUCUACGCCAUCAUUGUAGCCAACUUUGCACGAAGCUGGACUUUCUACCUGCUGUUGCAGAAUCAAUUAACGUACAUGAAAGAAGUGUUGGGCAUGCGGAUUAACGAUGUAAGGUGUUUAAGUGAUUAGCACGUGCAUCCAUAAUGUUCAUUUUAAUAAAUUAAGGCUUAUAAUGUACACUGUCUAAGACAACAAAGCCAAAAAUGUGUAAAUAACCAAUAUUAACCCUUCAAUUGAAGGUGUUUUGCCAAAAAUAGUAGAAUUAAGACUAAAAAUAACAUUUUUCAUGCCUACCUUUUCAGAGCGGAGUACCAGCUGCCUUACCGCACGCCGUUAUGGGGCUAGUGGUACUGUUUGGAGGUCAGUUCGCUGACAAACUUCGAGCCUCAGGCAGAAUGUCGACCACCAACGUGAGGAAGCUGUUCAACUGUGGAGGCUUCGGAGGUGAAGCCUUCUUCAUGCUGUUUGUGGCCUACACCAAGAGUGAGAAGGUGGCCCUCAUCUCGCUAGUCCUGGCCGUCGGAUCUUCAGGAUUCGCCAUCUCUGGCUUCAAUGUUAACCAUCUUGACAUUGCUCCACGAUACGCCGCCAUUCUGAUGGGAUUCUCGAACGGAAUCGGCACACUAGCUGGACUAGCCUGUCCGUUUGUUACCGAGACCUUGACUGCCAAAGGACCACACGGAUGGGUUACUGUAUUUUUGCUGGCUUCGCUAAUCCACUUCACAGGGAUUACCUUCUACUUCUUCUACGCUUCCGGAGAGCUACAAGUGAGUUCGUUACCUAAAAUAAAACAGGACAGAAAACAUAAAAAUAAAUUUACGAAACUUUUCAGUGUAUAGGACGCAGCUUGCCAACAGUUUGCAGCCUGCAAAACCCUUUUAUACGACAGAUAAUUUCGUAAAAGUUAAGAAAUUUGUUUUUUAGGUAAUAGCGGUUUCAAAAUAAUUUAAUUGUUGCCGAAAUAUUAAAAUAUAAUUAUCAAAGUCAGAUUUAAUUAUGAAAUGUCUUCAGGAAUGGGCGGAGCCAAAAGAAGGCGAUGAAGAAGCUCCAUUCAAAGCAAACGGGAUUCAGAAGCCGUCUGAACAAGUGACUUAUGGAGCGGCUGGAGAACAGUCCAUCGCCUUGGCACCGCUACCAAAUGUAGCCGAGAUACAAGCAGGUAAGCAUGACUUUUUGAGACUCAACUUCUUUUACUUUGUUACCUUCUACUAUUCCAAAAUUACAGUGCAUAUAACACAGGAAGCAUGAGGAUAUUGCUCUUGUAAGACAGAUAACUUUCAGAAAGAGGAAUCGGAGCACCGUUGUCAUCGACGAAUCCGUUCCAAGAUACGUACACCGUCCGAAACGAUUACUACCAUUGA